CCAUGUGGAUAACAGUGUAAAGGCAAAACUGGAGCCAUUUCUAAAUUUGUCAGGUGAUGAGAGCUAUCAAAAUCGCGACCUUGAGAAGAUCGCUCAACAAGUAUCAAAGCAAUUUUAUGAUGAAAAAGUUAAGCCAUCUACAUUGAUUCCAAAACAAGUUGGAAAUAUGUAUACAGCAUCCCUAUAUGCUGCACUUGCAUCAGUUAUUCAUAAUAAGCAUAGCACCCUGGUUGAUCAGCGUAUAGUUAUGUUCUCAUAUGGCAGUGGCCUUGCUUCAACCAUGUUUUCGUUAAAGCUUAAUGGUGGUCAACAUCCAUUCAGCUUAUCACACAUAGCCUCAGUGCUAAAUGUUGUAGAAAAGCUAGAGGCGAGACAUGAGUUUUCGCCGGAGAAAUUCAUCGAGACAAUGCAGCUGAUGGAGCAUCGCUAUGGAGCGAAGGAUUUCGAGACGAGCAAAGACACGAGUUUGCUCUCUCCUGGUACGUUCUACCUCACCCAUGUGGACUCAAUGUACCGGAGAUUUUAUGCUAAGAAGGGUGCGGCAAUCAGUGUGGCCGGAAAAGCUGCUGGCCUGAGUGCCAACAUUCUUGCCAAUGGCCACUAGAGUAGGUGCUAAUGGUGAUAUGUGCCAAGUCCUUCUAUAUGUCUGGAAUGUAUUCCUCUAUGAGCAAAAGCCUUUUAUAAUUUGUUUCUGAUAAUUGCGGCAAGAAUUUAAUGUUGUUUUUAUUA